AUGACUGGGGUUGAGAAUUUGGUCAAUCCAAGAAAGAAGUUACCAUCGUUAGAUGUUGAUAGUGCACUGGUCAACUCUCUACGAGAUAUGUAUGUAGACUAUGAAAAACAAGGUUUACCUUAUCAAGAAAAAAUACGUAUAUUGUCGCUUUUACCAAAUGACGGGGAAUAUGAACAAAUCAUGAACAAGUUUGGCUGCAUACGUCAUCGGCGUAUCGGUCCGUCACUUACAGAACCCUUCAUUAGCUGGUUAAUUGAAACGGAUAUGAUGGUCUCAGUACCUUGGGGAUAUAGUCAGUUAAAGCUUGACACUGGUGAAAAAUUGUCAAUUCCAAAGCAAAUCAUUCAAGCGAAAAAGUCUCACGUUAUAUUACAAUACAAACAACAUUGUCUUCAAAAUAAUUUUACACCAUUAUCAGAUCGUACAUUAUUUUAUGUCUUAGACAAUUUAAACGUGAAAGAACAGAAAAGUUUAUCCGGUAUGGACGACUUUGUCAAAGGAGCAAGAGACGGUUGGUUGUUGUUAGAAAAUAUUAUGAAAAAGUUAAAUAUUUCGCCAAAAGAAUGA